CUCCUCGUGGGGCUUGCAGACCUCAGCUAUGGCUCUCCUGGUGAGGAUGAGGAUUACUACAUGCAGGAGCUGCUGACAAGAGAACAGUACAACCAGGUCCAAAUGCUGGAGAAGCCUGUGGCCUCGAUACCUGACAGGCAUGAGCACCCUGGCCAUAACCCUUCCAAGAAAGUGCCCAAGGGGAAGGCAGACAGCAGCAGGCAGACGGAUAAAACCACAGCUGAUGCAAAAUCAGUGAAAACACCCAACAAAAAGGCCGAGAAGAACAAGAAGAGCACCCUGAAGACCCCGAACAGCAUCUCAGAGGCAGGACAAUACAACCCAACAAAAGAAGAAUGCCCUCCUAUGGGAUUGGAGACGCUGAAGAUUGAUGAUUUCCAGCUUCAUGCUUCAACUACGAAACGCUACGGCCUUGGUGCACACAGAGGUCGUCUUAACAUUCAGGCAGGCCUUUAUGAAGAUGACCUCUAUGACGGGGCCUGGUGCGCGGGGAGAGAUGACCCGCUCCAGUGGUUCGAGGUGGAUGCCAGGAGGCUGACAAAGUUCACAGGGGUCAUCACACAAGGCAGGAGCUCCCUCUGGUCAAGUGACUGGGUGACCUCGUACAAGGUCAUGGUGAGCAACGACAGCCACACCUGGAUCACUCUGAAGAACGGCUCAAGGGACUUGAUCUUCAGUGCCAACAGGGAGAAGGAGAUCCCAGUCCGGAACAUCUUCCCAGCGCCGGUGGUCGCCCGAUACAUCCGAGUCAACCCUCGCUCUUGGUUCCACAGCGGCAGCAUCUGCAUGCGAGUGGAGAUCCUUGGCUGUCCUAUGCCAGAUCCAAAUAAUUAUUAUCACAGACGCAAUGAAGUCAUCACGACAGACGACUUGGACUUCAGACACCACAGCUACAAAGAGAUGAGACAGCUUAUGAAGGUGGUAAAUGAGAUGUGCCCCAACAUCACCCGGAUCUAUAACAUAGGAAAGAGCCACAGCGGCCUCAAGCUGUAUGCGAUAGAGAUUUCUGACAACCCGGGAGAGCAUGAAGUUGGUGAACCAGAGUUUCGUUACACAGCAGGUUCCCAUGGUAACGAGGUGCUGGGACGGGAGCUACUCCUCCUGCUGAUGCAGUUCAUGUGUCUUGAGUAUCUAUCUGGCAACCAGAGGAUACGUCAUCUGGUUGAGGAGACCAGAAUCCAUCUAUUGCCAUCUGUCAACCCCGAUGGGUACGAGAAAGCCUUUGAAGUGGGUUCAGAGCUCAGCGGCUGGUCUCUGGGUCGAUGGAGCAAUGAUGGAAUAGACAUUCACCAUAACUUCGCCGAUCUCAACACCAUACUGUGGGAAGCCGAGGCCAAGAAGUGGAUCCCUCGCAAAAUGUUCAACCACCAUGUGCCCAUCCCAGAGUGGUACCAGUCCAGAAAUGCCUCUGUUGCCGUGGAGACACGGGCUCUGAUAGCAUGGAUGGAGAAGAUGCCCUUUGUGCUGGGCGGUAACCUCCAGGGAGGGGAGCUGGUGGUGACCUUCCCAUACGACAAAACUCGCUCCCAGGGGGUGAGCAGGGAGCAGACCCCUACCCCGGAUGACCACGUCUUCCGCUGGCUGGCCUUCUCCUACGCAUCCACCCACCGCCUGAUGACUGAUGCCAACCGACGGGUCUGCCACACAGAAGACUUUGCCAAGGAGGACGGCACCGUCAACGGAGCGUCCUGGCACACUGCGGCUGGCAGUAUGAAUGAUUUCAGCUACUUGCACACCAACUGCUUUGAGUUGUCGAUGUAUGUGGGUUGUGACAAAUUCCCUCAUGAGAGCGAACUGCCUGAGGAGUGGGAGAACAAUCGCGAGUCUCUUCUCGUCUUCAUGGAGCAGGUGCAUCGUGGGAUCAAAGGUGUAGUGAGGGACCUGCAAGGUCGCGGAAUAGCUAACGCCAUCGUCUCGGUGGAGGGCAUCGGCCACGAUGUUCGCACAGCUGCUGAUGGUGACUACUGGCGCUUGCUGAACCCCGGAGAGUACAGAGUGACAGCGAGGGCCGAAGGCUACAGCCUCAGCAGCAGGAAGUGCGAGGUGGGCUACGAGAUUGGCGCCACCAGGUGCGACUUCAUCAUCGGCCGCACCAACCUGUCACGAAUCAAAGAAAUCAUGGAAAAAUUCAACAAGCAGCCCAUCAGACUGCCCGUCAGGCAGCUCCAGGCUCGCAGGACCAGAGAAAGACGCACGGGAACAUAAUGACAGGAUGAGGAAGCUGCAGGAAGAAUUGAAAACAAACAUCUGCUCUGAUCUGACUGGGGUGAACUCCAGGCCUGGGUUUGGACCUUUGUCAGAUUCCUCCACAGGACUGUCAGAGGAAUUAGUGUCUGGAGAUUGAAAAUGUGGAUUAAUUUAAACGGGAUGCUUUAUUUGUUUUUUUGUUUAGUUUGGUUUUGUCCCUAGGCAUAAGCUCUCUCUGCGGUGACUGUUGUCAUCUCAGCUUUCCUUGAUAUCCACCGUAAAUGUAAAAGUAUUUCUUUCUAUCAAGGGCUAUGUUUGUUCAACCCCUUUUUUUUCAGUCUAUAAUACAUCUACCAUCACUCCUUGUGACACAAGUAUAAAUACUGAAAUGGCAGAUAAGAGAAUAUAAUCAAUUCAGAACUUAUUUUUUUAAAUAAAAGAAAAUUGAUAUACAAACUAUAGAUAAGGAAUAUGUCUUAGCAUCUAAUUUUAGCCACUCUGAGAAAUGGCCAUGACUGUCAUUAUGUACAUACUUAUUAACUUAUGUAACACAUGUAAACCAUUACAAAAGCUUUAUUACCUGCACUUGUACAAUUUUUGGUCCAUUAAGAAACUUGUGGACACGGUGGCUUUUUGUGUGUCACUGAUUAAUUUUUUUAUAAACUUUGCAUUUGGCAAAUCAUUAAAGAAUUAAAGACUA